GGAAAAAAAGGAAUACAAAUCUGCAAUUGAUUUUCAUAAUGUUUCUGCGGUGUUUGAAAACCAAUCGUUUUUGAACCUCUCUCUCAUCUUACCUAAGUGAACCCCUCCUACGCAUCUAAGUGCUCUCAACUGAUAUAUGGCAAUAUCUAGUAGGGCAUCACGUGCUCCUGGGGAGAGACUAAGACGGACAGCGCGUCAUCCAGCCUUCCCAAAUUUUUCCCCCUCUGCAGAUCGCCUCCAAAACAUCUAUCUAUAGAGCCAGAAAGGGAGAAAGAUGUUUAACUCAGUCAACCUGAGCAACUUUUGUUCCCAAUCGCGCAAAGAGAGGACUACUGAAUUUGGAGACCGGACAGGCUGCACUUCUAACCUGUACCUCCCCAGCUGCACCUAUUAUGUUCCUGAAUUCUCCACUGUGUCCUCAUUCUUGCCCCAGGCCCCGUCUCGCCAAAUCUCUUACCCUUAUUCCACCAACCUUUCCCAACCAGUGCGGGAGGUAUCUUAUGGAUUAGACCCCUCCAGUAAAUGGCACCCUAGGAGCAACUACGCCUCCUGCUACCCUGCAGCAGAGGAUCUGAUGCACAGAGAGUGCCUCCCUCCUUCCUCUAGCAUGACCGAAAUGCUAAUGAAAAACGAGAGCGUGUACAGCCACCACCAUCACCACCACCAUCACCACCACCCCAGCGCCAACCACCCAUCCACUGGCUUCUAUUCCAGCAUGAGCAAAAACACUGUCCUUCCUCAGGGCUUUGACCGAUUCUUUGAUAAUGCAUAUUGUGGUCCAGACACCCAGGCUGAGGACUGUGUCCCCAAGAGCGACAGCAAGCUGGAUACUGACCCCCAAAGCAGUGCUCUCUCAACGGAUCAAGGGCUAGACCCUGAGGAUGAAGAGGAGAACACCAACCCGGGCUCAUCAGCCUCAUCCUCCUCGGUCACUAAUAAGGAAGGAAGCAAAGGCACUAACUCCAGUGCCCCUCGCACAAGGAAGAAGAGGUGUCCAUAUUCUAAAUUCCAGAUUCGAGAACUGGAGAGAGAGUUCUUCUUCAAUGUGUACAUUAACAAAGAGAAGAGGCUUCAGUUGUCCAGAAUGCUGAACCUCACUGACCGCCAGGUUAAAAUAUGGUUUCAGAACAGAAGAAUGAAAGAAAAAAAACUAAGCAGAGACCGACUCCAGUACUUUUCUGGGAAUCCAUUACUGUGAUCAUUUUGUUUUCUGUAUAUCUCAUGCACUGUACUCCUGAAGAGAGUUGUCCUUCAGAGGAUCAUCUUAAGCACGGCUUAUUGUCUGAGUCCUCAAUCAAUCUCAGAUUCGCAGCCUUUUCUGUUACUUAUUUGUAAAUGAACAUUUUCUGGUAACAGUGAAACUGUGUGGGGAGACCUUGGUGUAACUAAAACCAAGGAGGGACAGAAAAAUGACUUAUUUUUUAUUUAAAUAAUUGUAGAAGAAUUGGAUUUCUUCAUUUAGCUAGACCAUACAUUUCAAAAACCUACAGCUGUGAAACAGUCUUACUUUUCCUACUGUUUUUAGACACUAAGGACUCGCCAAUCACAAGGAAGAGAAUGGCCAAAGUUUCUAUGAACCUACAGUAUGUCUUGUCUGAUGUUGUGGAUGUGUGUUGUCUGUGUGUGUAUGCACAUGUGUACACACACUUGUCCUUCUUGUCAUUUUACAUUGUGUUAAUUAUAUCCAGUGGCAUUCAGUUCACCAUGUUUUGCUCUCUAGGUUGUUUUUAAAUAAAAUAUAUUUCCAUCUUACAGCAAAGUGUAAAAAAACAUUGCUGUACAUAA